AUGAUUAUUACAAAGUUGAUUAUAGGGGGGUUUGUUAGGUGCUCUUUUGACUCGUCGUCUUCCACUUUAAAUGAUAGCAAUUACUGGUCGAAAGAGGUGGAUUACAGUAACCAGGGCCUUACCGAGUUCCCAGAAGAGAUAUUCGAGAUAUCAUCAACCUCGUGUGUGGUGGAGGUCAAUAUUCAGAAAAACAAGAUAUGCUCGAUACCUUCAAAAAUAGAAAGCUUAAAGAAGCUGUUAAGGCUGUACAUGAAUGAUAACCAGAUCCAGUCUCUGCCUCCAGAAAUCGGGAGUGUUGAAAGACUCCGGGAACUUGAUGUGAGCAACAACAAUAUCAGCUGGCUACCUGUAGAGAUCACACAUUUGCAAUGGCUCACCAAGCUCAAUGUGAGCAACAACAGCCUUCGGAGACUGCCUGUUGAAAUGAGAGUGCUUCCAUUUCUUAAAGAGCUACGGGCAGACGGGAACAAGCUAUGUGCCUUGCCAAGUACAUUUGAAGAGUUCUAUGUUCUUGAAAGGAUCAGCCUGGGGAAUAACCUGUUUGAAGAGAUACCGGAGGUGAUAGGGAAGAUGGAGAAUCUUAAGAAGAUCGAUUUCAGAAAUAACAGGAUACGGAGGGUAAACCGGAAGCUUGUAGACAUCCUCUUUGAUAACAGGAAUCUGGAGUUGAUUGACCUCCGUGGGAAUGACUUGAUGAGGGAGAGCGACUCUGAGUGGGUGGGAUGGGAAGAGCUUGGAAGAAUGUUCAGGAGUGAUAUACUCCUGUCACAGUUAUCAAGACCCGGAAUUGAUGACGUGGAAUGA